AAUUCUGAACAGUUGAAGCGCACGCUCAGCGGCGACAGCAUCGAGAAUAAGUCACAAAAGCAUAAUCCCAGCCCGGGGGCCAACAAGGUGUUAAGCGAUCACUGAUAACGCCCAGCUAAUACGAUCGAUCAUAACGGUUUCGACAUUCCGCGAGUGCGCCCACCCCACAAAUUGAUCUUUUAUCUGCGAUCUUAAAUCGGAAUCGGAACAAGUGACAAAGUGCCUCAACCAGACCCCAAACAGGAUACCCCACCUAUAAACAAAAGUCGACAGAGGGCUAUUAAACGGUACCCAUAUACCAGCACCCAUCAAAGAUGUUUGCACACACUUGGCAAAUCUCCCCUGUGAUCCUGGCGAUCCUGGCAGCGACGACGAUGGCAGCCCCCCAGCUGCAGGAGGCCCCCCACGCCCUGCUGGACAUCGAAGCACCCAACCAGUUCAGCUACACCUCCCCAUUGGCCCAGCCGGACAGUCUGCGCUCCAAGCCUUACUUCGACUUCCUGAGCACCCUCUACGCCCACGACACGGCCAAGUCGAACCUGUUCCGGCCGUACUCCGGUCGUCAGCGCAGGGAUGCGGAUGCGGGGGCCCAGAAACUGGAUCGCCCGCGCAGGGCCAUCGUCUUCAGGCCCCUGUUCGUCUACAAACAGCAGGAGAUCCGCCGGCAGGAGAUCAAGGACAGGAAUGCCGAGAGGCGCCACGACCUGAACAGCCUUUACCGGCUGUAGUCUCCCUAAUCCAAUCCAGUGUCCAUCCAGCCAACCCGGGGUGUUGGCCUUCUACAGGGUCCUCUAGCACUUAGCCACUUCCACUGUGUCCUAGCCUUAAGAAUUGCACUGCAGCACGACGAGAGAGCACUCAUCGCUAUAUUAUGUAUACUCCAUUCGCACCGCCACCACACCACCCACAUCCUCGUAGAAUAAGCCCAGAUGUUUGUUAUGCAACUUGUUAUCGCGACGUUUGAUUAAAGCUAACAAAACUGAUUUUGAUA